AUGGCAGGAAGACGCGACUGCCGCAUAUUUGUUGGUAACUUACCGUGCGAUGUGAAGCAACGAGAUUUGGAAGAUAUUUUCUACAAAUAUGGACGCAUCAACUUCGUCGACAUCAAAUUCACCCGCGAGGUGCCGUUCGCUUUCGUGGACUUCGAUGAUCCAAGGGAUGCUCGAGAUGCAGUUCAUGGUCGUGAUGGUUACGAUUUUGAUGGAUGUCGCAUCCGAGUGGAGCUGACGCGUGGUGUUGGCCCCCGAGGACCAGGUGGCCGUCCAUUGUAUGGGCCGGAGCCGUGGUCUCCAAGAGGGCGCGCCCAGCCUCCUCGACGCAGUGGCUAUCGUGUUAUAGUAAGUGGACUUCCUGAUACAGGCUCCUGGCAGGACCUCAAAGAUCAUAUGCGCGGUGCUGGCGACAUAUGCUAUGCAGACGUUUAUCGAAAUGGUACUGGCGUAGUUGAAUACACCAAUUAUGAGGACAUGAAAUAUGCCAUCCGGAAGUUUAAUGACACCAAGUUCAGAUCGCAUGAGGUAAUGUUGCAUGCAUGA